ACAGUGAGAAUGGGCAGAUGUGCGCAAUUAAAGAAGUGAAAGUUGUUGCAGAUGACCGGACAUCCAAAGAGUGCCUUAAGCAGUUGAACCGGGAAAUCACAUUGCUCAGUCAAUUUUCACAACCAAACAUUGUUCGGUAUUAUGGGAGUGAACUGGUACCUGGAUUUGUUACACAUGAGUUGAAAUUUGCUCUUUCAAAUUAAUGGUGUGUGAUUGCCAAGUUUGUCAUGUCACAUAACAUUUCUUUGUAUUUUUUGCUUACGGAGAAGAGACGCUCUCAGUUUACUUGGAGUAUGUUUCUGGGGGUUCCAUUCAUAAACUGUUGCAAGACUAUGGAUCGUUUAAGGAGGCUGUUAUUCAAAAUUAUGCUAGGCAAAUUCUAUCUUGCCUGGCCUAUUUGCAUGCAAGAAACACCGUGCAUAGGGAUAUUAAAGGAGCAAAUAUAUUAGUUGACCCCAAUGGUGAAAUCAAGCUUGCCGAUUUUGGCAUGGCAAAACAUAUUACAUCAUAUUCUUCAAUGCUAUCUUUCAAGGGAAGCCCGUAUUGGAUGGCACCUGAGUUGGUGAUGAAUACAAAUGGCUACAGCCUUGCAGUAGAUAUAUGGAGCCUGGGUUGUACAGUUCUUGAAAUGGCCACAUCAAUGCCACCUUGGAGUCAAUAUGAAGGGGUUGCUGCAAUAUUUAAGAUUGGAAAUAGCAAAGACAUGCCUGACAUUCCUGAUCACCUGUCAACUGAAGCAAAAAGUUUUGUUAGGCUAUGCUUGCAGCGAGAUCCUUCUGCACGGCCUACAGCAUCUCAACUUCUUGAGCACCCUUUUGUUAAAGACCAAAUUCCAACAAAAGUUGCCCACAAUGUGAAUAUAAUCAAUCAAGUACAUCCGAGGAGUUGUGAUGGAAAUUGCACACCGCCGGCUCUGGAAUUUCCACCCAACGGAAGAAACACUGCUUCUCUUGAUGGAAGGGAUUAUUCAGUCAAACCCGUGGUAACCAACUCUAGAGCCACGACCAGUUCAGGAAGAGAGAAUGCAAAAGCUGUGACAUCAUUGCCCGUGUCACCAUGUUCAAGUCCUCUAAGACGUAAUGCACAUAGAAUCAGUUAUCUUUCUCCUCCACACCGAUCUUACCUUCAAAUUGGUGGCGAAAUAGGAAACAACCAUAAUGAUUACCCAACCUUUGGACCAAGAGCCAACAGAAGGAACAACUUACUGGAUACAUCGCUUGAGAUUCCACCCUACAGAAGAACUCAAACGCCAGGUAGAUCUUCAAGAACAUCACCCUUUCUCUAGUUCAUUCUUGUUUUUAAACACCCCCCCACCCAUCCACCCCCCCACCAAGUUUAGUGGUGCAAUUUGAAGUGCCAAUACUUUCGAUUAGAGCCUCUUUUGCCUUCUGUUUAUGGGAAAAGGUGGCUAAAGUGUGUGUAUUUUUGGAGGGGAAUCAUCAGGCUUUGUGGUUGCAUCAAGAUAGUCUUAUCUUACAACUUAUUAGCCACAACCCCCUUUUUUUUGUAAUGUGUACGUUGUUUCUUUCCCUGUCAAAUAGUGCUAUGAAAUGUAAAUGAAAUGCAUAACAUAGAAUACAAAGGGUCAUUGGUAAUUUAGAUGAGCACUUAAUGGUUCAGACUGUUUGUUUCAGCCUCUUAAUGGUUCAGAUGUCUGAAUGGUUAAGAGAUUUGCCUCUGAAUGACUGAUUUGGUGUUUACCACUUGUAAUGGGUAAUUGACAUGUGCUAAUGGGACCAAGUUACAUUCUUUGUCUUGUAAUUAAGUGAUUUUAAUGUAUUUUUGCAGCAAUGGUAUACUAUGGGUAUGAAGCUGGAUUUAGUUGUAGACUUUUGAGGCUAUGAUGAUACACUAUAUAUUUACUCUUAAUGAGCAUACUGAAAUUAAGGAAAUUGAUCCGUAUCUUGACGUGGCUCCAUGGAUGGCAGGAGCAGCCAUGGCGUUAUCAUAACCUUUUUC